CUUCCAUCUACAAGGGUGUUUUAGACAUUAGAAACCACACAUAACAUGAAAAUGAAGGAAAACUAACAGAAGGGGCAUGGAAGGGAUCAAAGCAAAAUUUUAGGGGUACAGAGGGGAUCGUGUAAAAUUGGAGGGUAUAGAAGAGAUUAGGUGAGUUUUCAUGUGUACAGAAGGGAUUUACUCAAAGAAGAAAGGAGCAAUGCUUCUGAAUUGGGAAAUGUUUUUUUUUUCCUCUGAAACAUCAGCGGUGCAACAGUGCAAGAGCUAGCAAUAUAAUGGCAUGUUCCCCUUAUACUGUCUCACUUGUCUCACACUGAAACCGUUUUCAGUUUCAGAGCUCAGAAGAAGCAAAGCGUACUGAGCGAUGGACGCCAAGAAGCCAUAUGUCAUCGUCAUCGUCAUACAGCUGAUCAACACAGGCCUGUUUGUUAUCUCCAAGGCAGCCUUCAACCAUGGGAUGAACACCUUCGUCUUCAUCUUCUACCGCCAGGCAGCUGCCUCUCUCUUGCUGCUGCCUCUCGCCAUCGUUCUUGAGAGGAGAAAUGCACCACCGAUGUCGCUCCGGUUGUUCACUAAGCUUUUCUUGUAUGCUCUGCUUGGGAACACACUGAGCUUAAACAUGUACAACCUGGGCCUCAAGUACACCUCCCCGACGGUGGCCUCGGCGACAACCAAUUCGAUUCCCGUGGUGACCUUCUUCUUUGCACUCCUAUUAAGGGUGGAAGUGAUCCGGCUGAAGAGCUUGUCGGGCGCGGCGAAGAUGGCCGGCGUGGUGCUGUGCGUGGGCGGCGUGCUGGCGAUCGCGCUGUACGCCGGGCCGGCGAUAAGCCCCGUGAACCACCAUCGCGCGUUCGGCGGCGGCGGCGGCGGCGGCCAUGAAUCAGCAUCGGCGACGACGAGGACGAGGUGGGUGAAAGGCACGUUGCUGAUGCUGCUGUCGAACGCGACGUGGUCGCUCUGGACCGUGCUGAUGGCGUCGCUGCUCAGGGAGUACCCCAGCAAGCUGCUGGCCACGGCGGCGCAGUGCGCGCUCAGCGCGGCGCAGUCGCUCGCGCUGGCGGCGGCGGCGGCGGGGCGCGACCCGGCCGCGUGGAGGCUGCGGCCCGACGCCGGCCUCCUCGCCGUCGCCUACUCCGCCGUCGCCGUCACGGGCGCCUCCCUGUACAUGCAGGCGUGGUGCAUCGAGAAGAAGGGACCCGUGUUCCUGGCCAUGUCCAACCCGCUCAGCUUCGUCUUCACCAUCUUCUGCGCGCUCUUCGUCCUCGGCGAGGUCGUCCACCUCGGCAGCGUCGUCGGCGGGGUCCUCAUGGUGGUUGGCCUCUACAGCGUGCUGUGGGGCAAGAGCAAGGAGCACGACACGCUCACGCUCGCCACCGCCAUGCCCACGCCCGCCUCCGUGCAACAGCAAGAAAAGAAGGUCGCUGCAGUACCAGCUCCUGCAGACAGCAGCAGCAGUGACAGCGAACAGGAGAGAUUGGCCUCGAUCGCCUGAGCAACAAGUAUCACUCAUAAUAAAAAGCGAGAAAUUUUAUGGUCCUUAUUAAGAGUGAUUUUAUAGUCUUUGAAAAAUAUCAAUAGGUGCCAUAUUUUUAGUGUAAAAUUUAAUAUUUUUGGAUGCCUUUAGUAUUAAGAGGUACCAAAUUUGUUAUCUUUUGGCAGUUGGUACCUCUCGAGAACUGUAAAUAUUUUUUCUUGUAAGUGAAAAUUUUCAUGAUUUCUAGUACUGAAAGCAUCAAGAAAUA